UGGAACUUUCUCCCGCUGGGCACCCGGGGGGACUCGCGGUACUGGGGACCCGCUCCUGCCCGGGUUGGAGGAGAACUCCCGGCGGUGGCGAGCGAGCCCCCCCCCCCAACCCCCGAGCAAGAAGAACGGGGUGCGCGCGGGAAACGCGGUCCCAACCACCACCACAAACACCACCACCACCACUGUCACCGCAAAGCCAGCCUGGCGGGCUCCGCCCGUCCAGGUCCCGGCCGCGGCGCACGCGUGUGCGGACCAGAGCGUGGAGUCCCCGCGAGCCCCACCCGGCCCGCGCGGCCAGCAGCGUGCGGAAGAACCAUCGUACAUGGCCAUCUGUGACUUCCAGAGAGCCAAGAGGAGCGGACUGAACAAGGCAUAUUAGUGUCCUGAAUAAAAUUGGGAUGAUGUUGAUGAGAAAAGAAGGAACGAAGGUAGAGCGUCAUGACAUGAAUACCCUCAGCCUACCCCUGAACAUACGCCGAGGCGGGUCAGACACCAACCUCAACUUCGAUGUCCCAGAUGGUAUCCUGGACUUCCACAAGGUCAAACCCAACGCCGACAGCCUGAAACAAAAGAUCUUAAAGGUGACAGAGCAGAUCAAAAUCGAGCAGACGUCCCGCGAUGGGAACGUCGCCGAGUACCUGAAACUCGUCAGCAGCGCGGACAAGCAGCAGGCCGGGCGCAUCAAGCAGGUCUUUGAAAAGAAGAACCAGAAGUCAGCGCACUCGAUCGCCCAGCUGCAGAAGAAGUUGGAGCAGUACCACAGAAAGCUGCGGGAGAUUGAACAGAACGGAGCCUCGAGGAGCUCCAAGGACAUUUCCAAAGACAGCCUGAAGGAAAUACACCACUCGCUGAAGGAUGCCCACGUGAAAUCGCGAACUGCUCCCCACUGCCUGGAGAGCAGUAAGUCGAGCAUGCCGGGGGUAUCCCUCACACCCCCGGUGUUUGUCUUCAACAAGUCCAGAGAGUUUGCCAACUUGAUCCGGAAUAAGUUCGGCAGCGCCGACAACAUUGCGCACUUGAAAAACUCCCUAGAAGAGUUCAGGCCCGAGGCCAGCGCCAGGGCUUACGGAGGCAGCGCCACCAUCGUGAACAAACCCAAGUAUGGCAGCGAUGAUGAGUGUUCCAGCGGUACCUCGGGCUCGGCAGACAGCAACGGGAACCAGUCCUUCGGGGCGGGUGGGACCAGCACACUGGACAGCCAGGGCAAGCUGGCCAUAAUCCUGGAGGAACUGAGGGAGAUCAAGGACACCCAAGCCCAGCUGGCGGAGGACAUCGAGGCACUGAAGGUGCAGUUUAAGAGAGAAUACGGCUUCAUCUCUCAGACCCUGCAAGAGGAGAGAUACAGGUAUGAGCGACUGGAAGACCAGCUGCAUGACCUGACAGAGCUUCACCAGCACGAAACAGCCAACCUGAAGCAGGAGCUAGCCAGCGCCGAGGAGAAGGUGGCCUACCAGGCCCAUGAGCGCUCGAGGGACAUCCAGGAAGCCUUGGAAUCCUGCCAGACGCGCAUCUCCAAGCUGGAGUUACAUCAACAGGAGCAGCAGACCCUGCAGACGGAUGCCGUGAACGCCAAGGUGCUGCUGGGGAAAUGCAUCAACGUGGUCCUGGCCUUCAUGACCGUCAUCCUGGUGUGCGUGUCCACCCUGGCCAAGUUCGUCUCGCCCAUGAUGAAGAGCCGCUUCCACAUCCUGGGCACCUUCUUUGCCGUGACUCUCCUUGCAAUAUUUUGUAAAAACUGGGACCAUAUUCUGUGUGCCAUAGAAAGGAUAAUAAUCCCAAGAUGAGCCGCUGGUUCCUCCCUGUCUUUGUGUUCUCUCAAGGUUUUAUUUUGGAGGAAACUCUGUGCAUACUACCAAAUUCCCGAACGCACGGCUGUGCCAAAGAUGGCGAGAAGGACUGAAGCUGUGUGGUGUAAAUAAGUAGAAUCUCUUAACCCAGUAGCAGUUGCCAACAGGGUCCCUGUGCGUGGUUAACGUCAACCUGGCCCAGAAUUCUCCCCACAUUGCUCACCGCCUUAAUCAGAGCAGAUCUCCAGCCCACCUGGCGAGCCCGGCAUGGUAAAGCCCUGUUUGUGGAGCGCUUGGCAUAAAGGGUGACCCGGAGGAAAGGGGCCUCCCUCUAUUUCCCAUGAAUCUCCGCCACGUUCAGCUUCACGAUUGCUAGCAGCUGUGUUCUCUCUGAGCUCCCCCCCCCCACACACACACACACAAACAGCAAGGAGAUGACAGGGUUCAGGGAAGUGAGCAAAACACAGGCCUUGGCAGUGGUUGAGCUCUUGUGGGGGUGGUCUGUGCAAGCUCAGUCAGUCUCUCUGUGAUCUAUCCCACUUGCCCCCUCCCCGGGGUGACUCUGUGUUCUGGUAUAUACCCGGUGUUCAUAUUGGGUCGAUCGUGUUAUGUCCUUGCAACGUGGGAAUGUUAUAUCUGCUUCUCUGGCAAAAGUCUGCCUAACUGGUAGUGCUGCACUUGACACACAGUAGACACUAGGGUUUACUAACGGGCUCUCCUCUCCUCAUGCCCAGGGAACCACACACCUGAAUUCAUCUUACCUGGUGAGCAGUGCCCUGCCCUCAGAGCACGCAGCCAUGCUUUUAUCAUCCUGUAGCUUCGAUAACUUGGGGUGCUGCGAGCACCCCCUGGGGAGGCUUCUGCCCUGGCAGUUGUCAGCAGUGGUAAACCCCCUUAGAGACUGGUGAUUCACCUUUACUCUUGGGUCUGCGGAGAUCAGAUUGCAGAGCUUGUUCGGGGAACGAAAAUAAAUGAUGUUCCUGUUGCUAGGCUUUUAUUCUUGAAGACAGCAAAAUCAAACUUCAUAAAGCUUAAUGUGCGCCGAGGCCAGAGAGGGACUGAACGUUUGGUCUAAUCGAAUGGUGGCUAGCUUAGUGGGAGCCGUUUACCCAGAUGAGAUCAGGAGGGUCCACUUAGGGCCGUGAAGGGCAGCAAGAACAAGAUGAAUUGAGUCCGGCGCCGAAGCUAAGUUGCCGUUGUCCAUCUUGCGGGCACGCAGUAAGUCUUGAGGGAGGUCACAGGACACACGCACUGCCAGUGUGCAGAACACAACAGGCAAGCGCCGCAGUGUUCCGGUGACUGCCGUUCACAGAUGAAACUGGUUUUCUGUGCCCACCGCAGAGAGAAGAGGGGAGAGAGGGUUGUAUUGGAUGCUGCCAGCCAGUCUCUGGUCUGCUGAAGGUGUAAAGCUGCUGUUAAAUGUUUACUUUCUUCCAGAAGAUACUCUCAAAGAUCUAAGGACCGUCACUGCAGAUGAGUGUUCCGAGGGUGAGGAUGGGGUAAAGUGAAGUAGUCAUUUAGUGUGAGCCCAGCUUCUGUGAGCGGGACUCAUACAACUCCAGCCUUUGCCCCCGACUCCCAACUUUUAAAUCCGCAAUAAUUCAGCAAUGUUAGUAAAUUCUUAAAGUAUUGAACCAUACCCUAAAGAAUUCCAGAGUCAAGCUUGUUAAAAAUAAAAAAUACACAUGAAAUGCAGAGUACUUUGAAAUCAGGGAUGGGGGUGUCUGUCCAUGAUUCUGCCCCCACACGGGACAGAUGGAGGUUUCUAGUCAAGCAGGGAGGGAGAGAGAACCAUGAUCUUCCUUUAGUCUUGUAUUUUAACGGCCUGCUCCCUUACCUGGAGGCAUCAGACUCCAUCUGCCUACACCUUGUAGCAAGCUGGUCUCCCAUUCUCAUUUAUGACUAUUUCCACGUGGCACUUAGAACAUGCCAGGGCCGGGGGUGGCCGUGAAUGCUGCUGAUAGUUUACAGAAUGGGUAUGAAUACAACCUUAGGGGCUCAGUUAGGGCUCCAGGAGAACCCAAGAAGAGCAAGCCUAUUCUUAUGCCAGCACCCCCACCCCCAACCCCGCACAGCCUAGCAAGACUGUUCUUGAUGGACACUUCUCAGACCUGCGAUCCCGGCUUCUUCUCCCUGGUGACCGAGUAGGGAAAAGUUAGAGCACAUGCCUUUCAAUCUGAGCUUUGGACAGAAUCUGUUAGAAACUGACGCCAUCCUGAACUAAUGGGGGGGGGGGCACCCAAAUCACAAAUCCCUUCUAAAGAACUCACAUUUCCAUCGACUCCCAUUAAAUGUCAAGUCCCUUCUUUACCUGGCUUUGCGCAGCCCAUGGGGCACCCUUGCUUCAGUCUUGUGGAAGGUUCAUGAAGCUUUUUAUUUAAGAAGAUUGCGUAGUUCAAGGAGACAUUGAGUCUACAGUUCAUUAUUCUCUUAAGGGCUAUCACCCCGCCCCUUUUGCUCUCUGGAACACACACAACAUACAUACUGAAGAAAUGAAGUGUAUAAAUGCACAAUUAGAGACAGUGACACAACUGUGACACCCCUUGGGACUGGCACUGAUUCACAGUUGAGUCGGCCAGUCGUGUUUUGCACUUUACGUUGGUAGUGAACAUCUCAUGUAUUUCUCCUGGUGAAAACCAGUAGUUGGUGAGCAGGCAAGUGCCCACUCAUUCGGGGACACUGGUGAGGGAUUCUAGAUGCUGGACUCUGGAGCUUUGGUGACAUGAUCAUGAUCAGUCACCAGAAGAGUGAUUAUUGGAGACAGGACAGAACUUUAAAAUAUCAAGAGUAGCAAAUAUUAAAAAUGUUCUCUCUGUGGGUUUUGAAUUUUUUCAGCUUAUAUUUUGUAUAUGAUUAAGCUGGAAUAAUCCCACCCUGCCCCUCCCCCUUCCAAAAAAAAAAAAAGCAGCCACUCACAAUGUAAUGGUAACUGAGCGAACUUUCACUGAUUUUGGGACUCCCCACCCCAAGUUCCUGGCUCGUGGCCUUGAGGUUUUCGGGGUUUUUGGCUUUCAUUCACGUUAACACCCCGUCCCUUGUGUUUUAUUGAAGUAUGGCCCUCUGUGUGUACUUACUGCCCCGCCUCUUAAUUACAGGUUGGAAUGUGGUAAGGAAGCUGGUUUCCUCCAAGCAACUAAUUACUUUGGUUCUUUUGGGUUGAAUUUUAAAUGCCAAAAUUAUUUUGUGUUGAAUGGGAAUGUAUAGUGGGUUUUUUGUUGUUGUUUUUGGUGUUGAAUCCAGAUUGUCUGAGGUCUGGGGAAAAAAAAAACACAUAUGCUUAUCGAUAAGGACGUCUGUGGUUAAAACAACCUAUUUUGCAUGUUUCCUUAAUUUCGACCUUGGGCUGGGAAAUGAAUACGGGCUUAUUUAGAGAGGUGGUUCAAAAUUAGCA